AUGGUGGAGCGACAGGGCGAAUGGUUUCCCUUCACAUCUGAACUGUACUGCAGAAAACUAACACUCUAUGAUCACAUGUAUUGGAAUGAAGUUGGCUCUUCACAUAUGAGUGAGUCUUCUUCUUUUUCUCUUGCGGCUUGUGCUUUUGUGUGUAUGGCACCAUUUGGUGGAUCUGUUGCUAUUAUAUUCACAGAUGCAUUAGAGCAGCAAACGGAAGUUAUUGAUGUGCGUGUGUAUUCAAGUGCGGGGGAAUUUCAAACAUCUGUAUCUAUUCCAUCUGAUGUUGGUAGACCUAUUAACAUGGGAUGGACUAAGGAAGAAGGUCUUGUUAUUCUAACCGAUCAAAAUAUUAGUAUCUUCUUUGAAAGCAGUUAUACCACGGAUUUUUCUACAAAUCAGCGUAAUACAGCUUGUUCUCUUUAUCCAUAUUCCCUUUCGUUAUCACGUACAAUUCGUUUGAAAGAUAAUGAAUUAUCCAUAUCAAAGAGUUUAUAUUCAAAAAGAAUAAUUAUUCUUUCAUGUAUGACGACUGAAGGUAUUUUUUCAUUAGAUAGUGAAGGUUGGAUAUGUGGAUUAUUAUAUGAGGAACGACGUGGUCCUAAGGUGUUGGAUCCCGUACGACUCACAUUAACAGGUAUUCCUACAAUUAUGGAUUUUAUUCCACCAGAGUGGAAUGAUGACGGUGAUAUAGUUUUGUAUAUUAUCACAACAUCAUCCUUUAAUGAUAAAAUACAAAGUACUCUGCACGUUUUCACUUCAGGUAUUAACUUUAAUGAAAAGGUACAAAAACAUAUUCCUGGUUCUACUGUAUUGUCUAUGAAGGUUAAUCACACAGGAUCAAAAGUUGCACUAUUUACAGAUAAAGCUGUACUUUAUAUAUUAUCAAGCAAUUUAAAUUCAAUUGAUUUUUCUUUUCAGAUGGGUCAAUAUGCCAGAAAACCAGAAAAGUUAGAAUGGUGCGGAAACUCUUUUAUUAUGAUCCAUUUUAACGUUUCAGAUUUUCAUAAAGAAUUAUUUUUUCAUAAUGAGACUUCAAUGUUUACACUCCUAAUUCCUAUUAUACCUAAUACAUCUAUACAAUGUGAAAGGCUAGACUGGGAAAAAUCUGGAACAAGUGGUCGUAUAGCUACAGUUUCAGAAAUAGAUGGUGUUCGUCUUAUUUCAGAGAAGGCGUGUUAUUUUCUUGAAGAAGUUCCUCAAAGCCUUGUAAGUCUUUCUCGUAUUAAACCAUUAAGUCCAUCUGCAGAGUUACUUGCAGCUUACUACUCUGAUACUUCAAAUCGUUUAUUAAAGGUGCGGGAAUUGUUAUCAAAAUGGGGAAAUACCGUAUUUGCACAAGUUCUAGAUGAAAUUAUUGAUGCUGCCGCACAUGAGUUCUCUCCUGAUCAACAACAUCUUCUUCUUUCUGGAGCUUCUUUUGGAAAUGAAGUUAAUCGACAAUAUGAUUCUGAUACCUUUGUAGAAGUUGUACGUCGACUGCGUGUUUUACAUGCUAUACGAAGUUACCCAGGAGGUCGUAUGCCACUUUCUUUUCGUCAAUACUGUACACUUGCCGGAUCAGAUCAAAUGCGUGCACUUGCACCUUCUGAAGCUAAAGUAUUAGUAGAUCGUUUAUCUAAUAAAGGUUGCUUUCAAUUAGCCCUUGAUAUCACAAAUGCACUUAAUAUGAAACCAUUGUCAUUACUUUCACAAUGGUCCUGUCAAAAGGUACGAGAUGUUUCUCUUGAUGAUAUUACGGUAUAUACACAUAUUCGUGAAGCUUUUCAGCAUCAUUCUGGAUCUAGUUAUAUGGAAAGUGCAUUGACUGCAUUCCGUAUUGGUCGAGAUAAAUUGGCCAUUAAACUUCUUAACGAAGAUUUUCGUGUACACACUAAAGUUACUGUUUUCCUCCUUGUAGGACAAUGGGAGCUUGCACUACAUUGGGCUGCUCUUGGUAAUGAUGCCGAUUUACUUCACUUGGCUCUUACAAAGAUAAUUGCAACAAUUGAGGAUCGAAAGAAAUUGUUUACAGUCCUUCAAGGAUAUCCAACAACUGUAGUUUGGUUAUUAUUAGGGGCACAUUUAUUUCCGAAAUGGAGAGUUUUAGCUGAAGAGAUGUGUAUGCAAAUUGGUGAUGCCACAUUAGCUUUAUACUACGCACGUUAUGGAAUUAUCUGUGCUCUUGAAGAGAGUGCUGUGGAUUUAAAGUGGAGGAAACUUAAAGAUUCCUUACUGUAUAUGGAAAGAAAAACCCCAAAUAUUUCUAACGAGAAGAUAGAUAUAUCAGAGGAUGAUAAGACCAUAGAUAAUAGGACUUUGGAACCCUUUGAUGAUACUAUUUUUCUACCUAAAUCAUUAUCUUUUUCACUGGAUAAGACUCUAACUAUGCUUGGAAAGUGUAAGAAAAUGCGUCCAACUCCCAAUGAGAAAUUUACAGCUACUGUUUCUACUGGAACGAAUUAUCCAUUAUGUUUUCCCUCUUUCUCUGUUGAUACAUCAGAGGGAGAAUAUCGUUGGCUUUCAAUUCAUUGUGAACUUGUUGAAAUACAAAACCGAUUAGCUGUUAAAUACAAUGAUACUCGUUUUCUUAAUAGCAGCAUUACACGAACAAUUUAUUUAUGUAUUUUGCACGAAGAUGAAAAACGGGCGGAGGAGAUGCGAUCUAAAUAUCAUGUAGGUGAUAAAAAAUAUAUUUAUACGAAAUUAUUGGCUUUAUGUGAAGUUGGGAAAUGGACAGAGGUAGAGAAACUGGCUGGAGUAUCUGGUGGUCGCUUUGGUGGAAAACCCUCUAUUGGUUAUUUACCGUUUCUUGAGCAGUUUGCACUUCAUUCACAAAUUGAAGUUGCCUUGCGGUUUGUUUCUCGCCUUGAUGAGACGACUAAACGAGUGGAGUGGUUUGUAAAACUCGGACAACCCUGCAUGGCGAUGGAUGAGGCAUUUCGAGAAAAAGAUAUUUCACUCAUUCAGCAAAUCAUGAAGAAAACAAAUGAUGCCGCAGCAUUAGAAUAUGGAGCACAACAGUUACAUCAGCUUCACAGAAUAUAG